GGGAUGCAUUGUAGGUUCGAUUGUUUUGUUGUAGCGUUUGGAUAAAACGCUUUGAAACUAAAUAGUGAAAUUUGUUCUCUCAAAUGGAAGAUCCUGAACGACAUUUCGACUGGGAUCAUGGAUUUCCUGACAUAUCUCCUAUUUCUAACAACACAUCGUAUAGCUCAUUCAGAGUAAAUCAGUCUCUAGAUAAAAACCUAGGCAUGUAUACUUUGCCUGAAUUUCAUAACGAAGAUAAGGACGAAUUUUUUAUUUAUGGGACGUGUAUAUCAGUUCGUGGAGAGCAGUCUGAAUCCCGACCUGACUAUAUUGAUGAAACGGUAAAUGAUUCUCCAGUUCUUCCAGAAUAUACAUCAAAUGUUGAGGAAAGUUAUAAGUCAAAAAUUAAUGAAUUGCACAAACAAAUAAGAAACUUAGAGGAGGAGGCUAGUCAAGUUCCUAUUCUGCAGGACAAUUUACGUUAUUUGUAUGAAGAAAACGUACGCCUUCAUGAGAAAGAUGAAAUUAAAGAGUCCUAUAGAUUUCAAAACGGUGAACACAUUGAUAGCACUGAUGAAGAAGUAGAAGAAAUCGUUGAAGAGGAAGUCCGAACAUAUAAAAAGGCUCCUAAAACUGACCCUGUUGCUAAUGACCUUCCUAGUCCAAAUCACAUUGGUAACCUGAAUAACGGGAUCGACAAGAGCCAGUUUCCUUCGGAAUAUUGGUCUAAACUGGAGUCGUACUUCUACAAACGCUUUUUAUCGGAACGACCUUUUACUCAUAAAAUUGCCAUGCAGUCAUCGGAAGCUAAUAAACGCACCACAGCUACUAUGGCUUGUCCUGUCAAAUCGUCCGAAUUUAGAUGCGUUGGUAUCAAUGUUUGUCCAUCCAUUCAGGAAGUUGGAGUUCUCUGUUCACAACCAGAAACACGCGAAUUUGGCUGCCUUUUUUAUGAAACCGAGUCGAUGACUAAAGAAUGGUUGAAUCGAGUUUUCCCAAAAAUGGAAGACAAAAAUAAGAAGAUUGUACACAAAGUUAUACGAAGCUUUUAUGAAAGUCGUGAAGAAUUCGUUAGUACUUUGUUAUCAAUUAUUAAAAAGUCUGUUUGUCACGUGGGUAUUCAAUCUCAAAUGGUCAGCCAAUCUCGUGGUUGUUCACCUAUCCUGAAGGAAAUAGAAAAAACAGUCUCGAACCCUAACUUAGUCGGUCAGUCCCUUCAGUCACAGGUCUCUGAGUUUGUCCAGGCCAUGCCUGUUUUAAACAGUCGGUGUACUAUGACAAAACGUCAUCUGGGUGUUAAUGCUGGAUGUCUAACAGAGUCUCCCGUCUUACGUAGUCAAGGUACCUCCCCAGAAAAGGAUUUACGAAGUUUUACUACAUGUGGUGUACAAUACGAAAACAAUGUAGAAUUGGUUCAUAGGGCUUGUGAUCCAAUAUAUCCUGAACUAAAACGUAUCGCAUCAUCAACACAAACACUUGAGUGCAGCAAAAUGGUCACUGACGUUCCUUUACAUAAAAAGGAUAUCAUAGUAAAAUCCUACCGAUCUACAGAAUCCUUUGAGAAGACUGAAAAACUUCCAAGUAUUCAAGAGACAAAUGAUUCGAAUUCUGUUUGCAUUACUAGACCAUCGAGAUGUGAUUCUCCAAGGUUAAGCCAAACAAUGAUUCCAUUAUCGAGACUGCCUUCAUGUACAUCGAGUUAUUCUGAGGGUUAUACUGUAUCUACUGAAAGACGUAUGGUCGAUGAACUUUCACAACGUUAUAUACUCUCGGAUAAAGUAAAUCUAGAUGAACUAAGUUCUGGUGGGCAGACUGCAUUCCAGGAUGUUAUGUCAAAAAGUGUUGAUUUAGGAAGUACUCAUGUUAUAAAAGAAUUCCAACCAACCGUCGAAGUUUUUCAUCAUAUCGGUGAUGAAAUUGAAGAAGUUGAUCCUUCUACUUUGCCAGAUAAAAUGCUAUCCCCAUUUCGAGUAAAUUCACCUCCCGGGUUUCCUCUUUCCCCUGAUUUUAUUAAUUUGAAAUCUGAUCACAGAGUGCGCCAUAGUUCUGGUUUAUCUAACCCAUUGACUUCUGAUCCUCCUACUACGCCACCCGUAUUAAUACCUAUUAUUCAUGGACAAACUGCAAAACUCCCCGAGUCAGUUCCAAAACCAUCAUAUUCCAAAGUUCAUAGUAUGGAAAUUCUGAAACCUACUGCUGUCUCUUGGAUUCCUGUACGUAAUUACCGGUUCAUUUUAUCAAAUGAAGCAAAAAAAGCAUGUGAAUCUUUAAUUGGUUACUAUCAAGCUGAACCAACUGUUGGUAGAGCAGAGGAAAUGAAAGAUAAACUUCUGACUUUAGUGAAAAUUUGGUUUGAACUUGCUGCAGCAUCACAAAUAGACUUACUUAGCAUUGAAGAUUUCAUUGCAAUUCUUCAUGAUCAUUCACCAUCUCUGUUACGCGAUGUAAUUCAAUCCAUCGAUGAAAACAACAGUACCUGUCUGCACUAUUCCGUUGGUCAUGGUGCUUGGCAAGUUGUCAAUCUGAUUUUGGAUACUGGACAUGCUCAUCCAGAUCAUAUUAAUCGAUCUGGAUUCUCACCUAUUAUGAUUGCUACGCUUAGUAAUAUAACUGAUUCUAGUGCUUUAAAAACACUUAGUCGACUAUUCAGUAUGGGUGAUGUUAAUCUCUGCACAAAUACAUCUGCUCGCCAAUCUCCACUUAUGUUAGCUGCAUUACAUGGAGGUGUAGAUAUUUGUUCUUUGCUUAUUGCACAUGGUGCUAACAUAAAUGCUCAAGAUGCUUCUGGUAAUACUGCCUUAAUGUAUGCAAUAGAACACGGUCAUGUCGAUGUCGUAAAAUGUCUCCUUGGUUGUAGAGACUUAGAUUUAACUUUGGUCGAUAACAAUGACAAAAAUGCUCUUGAUGUGGCAAAGUCAAAAAAUGAUUUAGAAAUAUUGAAUUUGAUUCAAUUGGCUUAUAGUGUUCCUUCAAAGGCAACUUCAUCCACCACUGAAAUUUCACCUGGAACCAGAACAUAAGAUACGGGAAAAAUAAUCCAACUAUAAUUUCGGGUUAGCUCAAUCACUUUUUGCUAUUGCUGUGAGCAUAACUUUUCUUUAAUCUAUAUGUUCUGCACGGAGUAUACAAAAAUUUGCACAUACCAAUCCUAUUACUUCCUCUUGAAAAAAAGACAACUUAUUAGCUUUUCACAUUUUUUUUAUAUUUUCGCUAAGUGUAUAAAACAGUUUUCAUCAUUGAUUCAAAUUUAAUUUUUCCACACUUCCCACUUAUUUUUACUAUCACGUUUUUUUCGGUUUUUUACGUGGGAUUAGUUGACUGGUGAUACCUUAAGAUGUGAAAUUCAUUGUAUAAACUACUUUAUGUGUUAAACGAAAGGUUACAUUUUCAUUGUACAAGGUUGAACCACAGUAAAACUUUUCAUCUGUCAUACAGUUAUAGGCAAAGUAGAAUGUGCUUCGACCCAAGUUGUCACAUCUCACAUUAGUACAGUAAGAAAGGAAUUUAGGGAGGAUUUUUUAAUUAAAAAGAGGAUUCAAAUUUAUCAUAAUUAUUCUAAAUCCCAUUUACAGCGAACCGUUUCAGCAUGAAACUUCAUAAUCUAUGAAGUUAUAUCCCACCUACGGUUGUAUGAACAUAUCCAGGUAAACCUAAGCGUUUUCAGAUGUCUGGUCGAAACAUCCACCAUCAAAUCUGAAAUUUACUCUAAGAUUUUCAAUUCCCAGCCUCCAGAAACUUUAAUUUCGAACAAUCUCUGUGUAUCAGUUACAUGUAAAUUUACAUCUUAUUUCACACAUUCAAGCAAAUCUGCUCAGAAAUCAUUUUAUUUAUCCAUUAGAUCGUGAUGUAAUCAUAGGGUUUGUAAUAACCCUGAACUACCAUUUUCUUAGACUGACAUGUCAAUACUUUCUUCUCCUUUUGUUCCAUUUAAUUACUACGACCUUUUAAACGUCGCUAAGAACUAGGGGUUUAAUGCUAUUGUCGAAUUAACACUGUCCCAAGAAUAUAAGCAAAUGCAGAAUAACUGAGAAUAACUUGUUUUACUAUACAACCACCAUCGCAGUAAUGCUAUUUUUCAUUCAUCCUCAUGGUGAUUCUUUCAUAACCGAUGAUUUUAAAUUGUUAACAAAUUUUCUAAGCUUUGAUAACCCGAUAUUAGUUGAUUAAUGCUAAUGUUUUGCCCAUUAAAUCUAGAUCUUUAACAAUCAUGUUGAUUUCCCUUACUGAUAUGUUUCUCUCUUGAUGUGGAUAAGGGUUAUUCGACUUAAUUAACGAGAUUUUUCCAAUGUAAAUUGAGUAAAUAAAAAUCUAACAAAGGGAAUAUUUUUCUUUAUCAUGAAAUGAAUCUUUAUUUUCAUGCCAUUAAAGCACAUGUCCUUCUAUCUUUUAUUUCAAAUUAUUUAUCUUGCCACCAUAUUUAUAAUUUCAGUGAAAUAAUUAUUAUUUUUGAUGUAUAAAAUAUAAUGUCCAGUUAUAGUUUAUCUGUUUGAUUAACUCUUGUAUCAUUUCUGUUGCGUGUGUAUUUGUCCACCCCUAAAAGUAAAGUUUGCUAGAAAAUUAGCAGAUUUCUUAUAAUGUUUUUCACUUUCAUUCUACCUUACUUAAAAAGUCAUAUUCCUAAGAUAUUUACAUAGAUCUUCAUUAUCCCCAUUGUUUGUAUACAAUGAUAGCUAUUUCUUAAAUUUCCAGUAACAUUGUCCCAAAUGAAGCUAUCUGUACAACUUUGAAAUGGGUUCUCAGCGGUAGACUUUAUAAACCUGUUUGCUCUUACAACAUAUUCAUUCUAAGUCGUCAGAUAAUCAAAUAGUUUGGUAAUUCUUUUUAUACAGGUGGUUAUUUUACGCUCUAUUUCUUCGACAAAAUUUAAAAAAUCACUACAACCUGAUUGAAUGAAUACCAAAGUAAAAAACUUGUAGUUUGUAGUUCUGUUAUGACGUGAAAAAUAUUUGCUGCGGAUUAAGAGUAGCGAAUUAUUGAUCGGACCAAAGACGCGCGAAAACUUAGAACGGCCUAGGGUUCUGAUUGGUCCUGCCUUCCUGUAUAACCCGGCCAGUUAAGUCCAGAACACAAGUCACAGCCUCGGAUAUAUGAAUCAUUAUAUUCCAAACAUACUUUGUUUAUAUACCAGUCAAGCAGACCACAACGUACCAUAAAUUAGAAAAUAACAUUGUACAAUAAUGGCCAGUAGGAAAAUGACACGUUAAACAAAUAUUGACCAAUAAGAUUAUACCAUUCCAUGUCCAAGGAUAGCAUUAGGCUUAACAGGAUAAUUUUUGGGAUAUUUUCCUGAAUAUCCUAACAAGUUCUACCUCAGUUGCUGAACAAUUUUACUUUAAAGCUAUCUUUACUUAUAGUAUUUUUCUUGCCACUUACUUUCAAAUUUCAAUAAAUAAGUUCAUCGUUCAGAUGAUAAUUGAAACUACUCUUAAGCCCUUUAUUCAAAUAUAUUAUCUACAACAUAAACUGAAUAAAUAAAUACUCAAAUCUUCACUGUUAUUAUAAAUUCAUACAAUUAUUCGUCAAUUUUAGAACGAAUAGUUUGACAAAAAUUGUACGCCGAGUAUAAUAUUAUUAUAAAUGUUUGGUCACUAGGUUAAGGGAUACGCUUAAAAUUAUUGAAACAGGUCUGUAAUAAUGUAUAGCCAAUAGAAUUUUAUUUAUUCUACUGGCCCUUGGUUCCUGUUUAGGUACCAUUUCGCAUAAUUAAUGAAAUUUUCCUGAAGUUUAUUUCACUCCUUGUUUCUAUUGCUUGAAUUUCUUUACAGAUAUGCUGUUGAACGAAGAAAUACACAUAAAUUACUGUUAGACCUAUGUGACUUACAUCAAAUUCCCAUCCCAAAACCAAUUCAAUAGUGUUUGUAGUUACUAUUUAAUAUUAAUUUACUUCUUUUGUUUUGAAAUAUUUCUUUUUUUCCCAUAUUAAUACCAUUUAUUCAGUACUUUAUUUUGUUUGAUUGUUUAAUAACUCCUACACUUCCUGUUUCUUGUAUUGGGAUCAUUCCUUUUUUUCAAUUUUUGCAAUUACUACACUACAUUUUAUGAAGGCUGUGUAUCUUUAUUCUUUAAAACAAUUAUAUUAAAAUAUUGUAUACUAAUUAUUAGCCGGCUUGUUUACUAAUUCUAUAUUUAUUUUAUAAGCUUUAUUAUGUUAUUGUUUUCGGAUAUUUUUAUAUUUACAAUUUAUUUAUACUUAUCAGUUCAUUACUACAGUUGUUGUAUUUUAUAUUUUAUGAUAGUGUAUGUUCGUCAUCAUUAUGUAUUUGCCAAAAUAGUAUUCGCAACAUUUUAAAGUGAUAAAUUGUUUGUAUACCUUAUAUAAUACACUACCUUUUCUUUAUCCCACCU